AUGGCCUCCAACCUGAGCUCACCAGAACAGUCCACCAGAUUAGGAAUGGCAAGACGAACACUCGGAAUAUGUCUUCUCCUAUUGGUGGUAGUCCUCUGGACAGCCUCGAAUUUCCUAGGAAGUACUAUCUUCGCAGACAAAACAUACCCGAAGCCAUUCUUCGUAACAUACAUCAACACCUCACUCUUCACAGCGCCUCUUUUCGGUGUCCUUGGAAGCCGAACCUUUCGUCUAUGGCGUGCUGGUGCACUAGGACAGGUCGACUCAUUCCAGACCUGGCUACGGCUCAUGGAUUCUGCUGAUACGUCAGCGACUAUUGAGGAAUCGAGAGCCUUGCGCCGGGUAUCUGUUGAUGAGUCGGCUAGAAUUAGCGGUGAUCUGGAUUCCGUGAGGUAUGGAUCCAAGAGAAAUGUGAAUGAGAAAUUAGGGUUAAGGGAAACCGCACGACUUAGUUUUCAAUUCUGCUUACUAUGGUUUGCCGCGAAUUAUUUCGCAAUGGCAUGUCUUCAGUAUACGACUGUUGGAAGUACAACUAUCUUAACUUCUACCAGUGGUGUCUGGACUCUAAUCUUCGGUGCUUGUCUGCGCGUGGAGAAAUUCACGAUCCGGAAAUUUCUCGGUGUCGUUGCAUCUCUCAUUGGUAUUAUUCUGAUAUCUCGAGUGGACAUUUCGAAUCCCGAUACAGAUGAGACCACGCCGAAUGAUCAGGGUUCAGGCUCAUUCCCGCAUAAGACGGUUGCGGAGAUUGCUCUCGGUGAUGCGAUGGCGGCUUUUAGCGCAAUCUUGUACGGUGUGUAUACGAUUGUGAUGAAGAGACAGGUCGGUGAUGAGUCGCGUGUGAACAUGUCGCUCUUUUUUGGGCUUGUUGGUCUCUUCAAUCUUAUCUUCAUGUGGCCUGGCUUCUUUAUUUUGCAUUGGGCUGACGUGGAGACGAUGUCUUUGCCGGAGACGAAUCGUGUGUGGACUAUUAUUCUGGUGAACUCGGUCGCUUCAUUUACCUCUGACGUUGCUUGGGCUUAUGCUAUGCUCCUUACCACACCUUUGGUCGUCACGGUCGGCUUGAGUUUAACUAUACCUUUGUCCUUGGUGGGGCAGAUUAUCCUACAGGGACAAUAUGCGAGUGCGCUAUACUGGGUUGGCGCGGCGAUAGUCUUUUUAUCGUUUCUUGUCGUUAAUCAUGAAAGUGAGACUCUUGAUGAAGAAGCAGCUGAGGCGACCAGAUCAUCUUCUGGGAGCUAUGCAAGUAUUCCUACUGAAGAUCGCUGA